AACACUUUUCUAAAGUCAGCAAACAACAACUAGACCAAACUCAAGCCUUUUCUCUGGCCGUAAACUGUUUUUAAUGAGGGCAUAAAGCUUCAUGUGGGUUUUUAUGUUGGGUUUUUGAGACUGAGAUAUAAAGUUUUUUGGUUUUUUACUUUCAGAUGAGAAGGGGGUUUUGGCCCCCCUUUUUGUUCUGGGUUUUCUGGUGUGGCAUUAUUGUUGGACAGGGUUUGUGAAGGUUUUGGUAAAUAAAUAUUCCGGUUUUUUGGAGGGUGGCGUUUUGUUUUUAUUUAUGUGAACUAUGUUGAAGCAGAUACUUAGUAAGCUUCCUAGAAAGCCAUCUAAGAAUGCUGAUAAUCGUGAACAUGGUGGAAGCCAUACAACACUUUUGAAUUCUUCUACCAGUUCUAGAAGCAGUGAUUUAGGGACAAGCAAGUCUGGAAAUUCUAUUGCAUCUCAUGUGGCCCUUAAUUAUGCUUCGGAUAUUGGACCAUAUAAUGAUAAAAAGUUUGCUCGAGGUGCAAACCCAAAGGUGAAUGGGAUUCCAGUGUCUUCUUUUUAUGAAGCAUUGCCUGGAUUCAGGGAUGUUCCAAGCUCUGAGAAGCAGAGCUUAUUUAUAAAAAAGCUUAACAUGUGCUGUGUCAUAUUUGACUUCACUGACCCAACAAAGUAUAUCAAGGAAAAGGAAAUCAAGCGAAACACAUUGUUAGAGCUUGUGGAUUAUGUGACUUCAGUGAAUGGCAAAUUUACUGAAACUGUGAUGCAAGAAGUCAUAACAAUGGUAUCUGCAAAUUUAUUUAGAACUUUCAAUCCUCAACCACGUGAGAACAAAGUCAUAGAAGCUUUUGAUGUAGAAGAAGAGGAGCCUUCCAUGGAUCCUGCAUGGCUUCAUUUGCAAAUUGUGUACGAGUUUUUCUUAAGGUUUGUUGCAUCGCCUGAGCUGGAUGCAAAAUUGGCCAAAAGGUACAUUGAUCAUUCCUUUAUUCUGAAGUUGCUGGAUCUAUUUGACUCUGAAGAUCCUAGAGAAAGAGAAUACUUGAAAACGAUUUUGCACCGCAUCUAUGGAAAAUUUAUGGUUCAUCGUCCUUUUAUCAGGAAAGCUACAAACAACAUAUUUUAUAUUUUCGUUUUUGAGACUGAGAAGCAUAAUGGGAUAGCUGAGCUUUUAGAAAUUUUAGGCAGUGUUAUUAAUGGGUUUGCUCUGCCACUGAAAGAAGAGCAUAAAUUGUUCCUAGUUCGGGCACUGAUUCCCCUGCACAAACCAAAAUGCUUGCCAAUGUACCAUCAGCAGUUAUCUUACUGCAUUAUGCAAUUUGUAGAGAAAGAUUGCAAGCUUGCUGAUACUGUCAUAAGGGGUUUAUUGAAGUACUGGCCAAUUACAAAUUGUUCAAAGGAAGUCAUGUUCCUAAGUGAGUUGGAAGAAGUCUUAGAAGCAACUCAACCUUCAGAAUUUCAGCGUUGUAUGGUUCCCUUGUUUCACCAGAUUGCUCGUUGUCUGAGCAGUUCACACUUUCAGGUGGCAGAGAGAGCUUUGUUCUUGUGGAACAAUGAUCACAUUGAGAACUUGAUCAAACAAAAUUGCGAGGUCAUACUGCCCAUUAUCUUUCCUGCAUUGGAGAGAAAUGCUAGAAAUCAUUGGAAUCAGGCUGUGCAUGGUCUGACCAUAAACGUCCGCAAGAUUUUCUAUGAUCUUGAUCCUGAGCUGUUUCAGGAAUGCUUACAAGAGUUUCAGGAAAAUGAAUUGAAGGAAGAUGAGGUCAAAGCAAGACGUGAGGCCGCAUGGAAACGUCUAGAGGAACUUGCUGCAAAAAAAGCUGCCAGUAAUGAAGCGGUGCUUGUUCUUCGGAAAGCAUCAGUUCCCAGCUUUUCAGGUUAGCGAAAAUAAGAGGUAUUUGUUGGAUGUCUUGUUAACUCUAAUAUACUACAGAAAAAGUUCAAGACAAGAGUGUAUCCAUUGAAUCCAACAAGCAUUUUUGGGUUUGUAGAGAGGUUCAAGACAAGAUAAUGUAGAGUGGUUCUUAUCCAUAACCAUAGACAAGCAAGCAUUUUUACAGUUAUUUUUUUAUUCUUAAACUUUUAUGUAUCUAAUCCUUUUAUAGCUUGAAACAACAUAUGCAAGACUUUAUACCAUUCAUUUGAAGUCUGGACUGGCAUAUAAGUGUAUGCACACCUGGUAGGCUAAAAUGGAAUUUUCUCUAAAAUAGAUAGUAUUGUACCUAAAA